AUGGAUAGUGAAAGUGAGACUGUUAUUUCUGAAAGUAAAAACCAGUUUAGAUGAGCUGCCACGUCUCUUGAGUACCUACUUAGACAUAUCAAUUGAUUUCAUCAAGCACCUAGACUAUGAAAAAGCUUUAGAUGCUCUUUCUCAUAAUGAAGAUCUCCUUAACGCUGCUGCAAUGCAAAAAGCCUACGUUGACCCUGACUUCAUUGUUGCAACUUCUCAUAAUAGUGCUUUAUGCUACCAAAAGUAUCACUUAUUUAGACUAGGCUUACUUCAAGAAUGUGCUUCAGCUCUGAUGACUUCCAUUUCCGUUUGCACUAGCUUUCUCGAUGUAAACUACCCCCACCAAUACUCACUUCAAACUACUGAUGAAAAACUGAUGAAAUUAAAUUAUUCUUGCAAAAUCCACCUUCAGCUCUGUGCAAUUCUUUCACAAUUAGAGCAGCAUGAUGAAGCCUUAAUAAAUGCCAAGAAAGCUCUGACGAAAAUUCAAGAGGUCAUCAAUAUCAACCUUAAACUGUGCAAGGAGCAUUUGGAGAGGCAUAAAAAGCUCAUAGAGACUUCUUCUUUGAGAAAAAGGGUGCAAAAGCAGCCUCAGUAUAAAUUGUUUGAAAGCCCUCAUUAUUUAAGGUAUCAUCAACUGGUCACAAAAGCAUUGCCUUAAACUUAAACUUAAACUUAUAGGUAGGCGUCUGCCAUAUUGGUUACGCAGUCACCAAGGACUCUCCCGUACGGGCAGUUCAUCCGCUUUGCGCCGUCUUCAGCUUCGCCUUGCUCGAAUUGGAGCAAUGAUUCGCUGGGCAAGUGUUCAGCUCUGACACUACCUUUCUUCUCCUUCAGCGCCUGAUGCCAGGGCACUUCUGAAGUGAGACUCUGCUUGGACGUCUCCUCCUCCCUUUCGGUCCAGUGUGUUGAGUGGGCGGACUAUGGACUUCUGCGGCUGCUGCAUGUGUAACAAGGUUGGCCACACAAAAAUCCCAAAAAAUGGAAUUUCUGUUCGACCUUUCGGCAAAAAGGAAAAUCUGAAUCCCGGGACGUAAUGCCCGGUUUCACGCUAGGCAGUUGCCCGAUUGGUCUGGGGAUUACCUGCAGACUCUGCUGGGCUUGCCCUUUCCAAAUCCAAACCCUCCUUUCCCUUGAGGUAAAACCCAACCUUGAAAUUGGACUAAGGGCUAGGCUCUGUGCAUUACCAGAAUUGCUUACCUAGCAUUGCCGUCCAUUUCUGGAUUGGUAAAACCUUGCCGGAUAUAAAUAAAAUAUGGCGUCUUCGUCUGGGCAUGGCCUCCGGCCAUGCAUACUCGACUUAUAUUUUAUUUAUCCACAAAAGCAUUGCCAAUUUUGAAAAUUUUAGACAGUGACGAUUUCAAUCAGAUAAAUAGACAUAAGAUUAAUUGUGAAGGCUGUGAGUGAAUUUAUGAGUAUAAUAUAGGAGACAUCAUGACUAUACAGGUGCUGUUCAUGGAUGAUUUAAAAUGGCAAGGAUCUUCACAGACUGAGCUUUCAACAGAAAUUCUGCUAGAAAAAGCUUUCAUUAUCGCUGCAGCGCAGUUCUGCAUCGCUGUUGAAAUGCGAUUUUUAGUCAAUAAAGGUUCUGUAGAUUAUUUUUUGCUAGAAUCUAAAGUUUGAAUGCAGAGAGCAAUUAAGAUAGCGUGGGCUUUACUGCCUGACUCUUCUCCUUUGUUAUCCUAUAUGAAAUCAUUAUAUAAUAAAAACUACAAAGAAGAAUCCCCAAGAAAAUCCCAUCUAAAACUGUUACUUAAAGAAUCAAGAAGCAAUUCAUUUGUUAGGAGGCCACCAAGCCGCGCAAAGACACCAAAUUCUAUUGGAAAUAAUGGAAUUAACAGGUCUAAUAGUUUUAGUCUCUCUAAAACUCCAUCAAAAACACCAAAGCAUGAUAAAGAAUCAAAGCUGUUAAAUAAAUCGGAAGAAAAAAUCAGAAGGCUCGAACCAUUGAAGCUUAGAGAAGCCAAAAAUUUAGAGAAAAACACAAAAAUUGAAGAGAAGUCUCCAAAUUCAAACAAAAAAAUAUCCUAUCCUGUGCCAUAUCAGCAACUUCAUUCAAAGCUUGAAAAAAUCCAAGUAGCAUCUUAUGAUGAGUCAGAUUUUUCCAGCGAUAUACUUCCUCAUUCCUCAGGAGAGUCAGAAAUUUAGAUUAAAAUAGAUUAUCAUCGAUAGGUAUUUAAAGUCCCCACUUCACUGUUCUCUCCGUUCCGCAAUGGCCCACUGCGAGGUUGCAAAGUGCUAACAUCUUGCAGUCGGCUGAAACUCCCAGCUUCUUGGUAGAGGCAUGCCCAAUAGUCUAAAGGACUUUGCUGAGCAGCCUAAGGACUUCAAUUUUUUUAACGCCAACCCUGGACUGUUCUCAGGUCAGGUUGUUCUCAGAUUUUAAACUGGAGAGACUCCCUCGCUAGUACUAAAAGAUGUCUAAUUUGCCUAGCUUCUAUCCCUAGCCACCCAAAGAAUAAAACCAACAGUUUUUGCCAUUCGUGCACAUUACCGAAGCCGCUUGAUGAGUAAGUUACUCUACUCUAUAACAGACUCCUACUGGAUUGGAUGCUGCUGAAUAAAAGAUACAAUUGCCCUAAGGUUCAAGACUCGAUUCAACAGAAAAAAAUCUCAUGUCUCUCAUUUUUGCCGCAUUUGAGCAUAGCUGGGCCAUAAUUGAGUCUCAAAAGCUGUAUCCGGUAUAUAUAAGGACUUCGCCACUGAGAGGAAGGGUUAUUUGCCUCCUGUCAUUUUACUUUAUAUGAGAAUUAGAAAAUAAUGCCAAAUUUUAA